CAUUAAGGACACAUUUACUUCACGGUAUUUGCAUGGGAAAAGCCAAUAAGGGAUGAUCUCCAAGUGGCCAUCAUUAGCUAGAGAAAAGACUAAACAGCUAAACAAUGAGGGCUUAAUCUCCAUGCACAUUAUAUUCUCAAAAUUAUAAAAACAAUUGAGUUGACCUAAAAAAGAAAAGUAAGAUGAGGCCGGGCUUCCAUAAACAGAAACAAAGGUAGCGAAAAUUUUGGAAAGAGUACUGAGAGUGGGAUAAAGGCAUCUUCGCCUGCUUGCCCGGAUGUGCAGUGGCUGAACACAUCCGACCGAUCUUCAUUCUCUACCGCUCAUCUCUUCCAGACUGUCGCACGCUAUAUCUCCGUUUCCAUCUCCUCCAUUCACACCGUCAAUACCCAACCCAAUAUACGGUAUCUACCUUCCACUUAGGUCGCAGUCUACUCCACGCCGUUCGUCUAAUAGAUUGAGCAGUGAAUAGAUCAGCUUAGACGGUGUUGUUGAGUCAGGAUUGCAGAUGUCUAUGGUUGGAUCUUCGAGUUGUCUCUCAAUUGACUUCUCUCGCAGCUCUGGCGGCGUAUGUGGAAAAUGUGUUUCAGCUCAUACACUGACACGGUUCUGCCUUUCCAGCUCCAGCGGAAUAUGCUGUGAGGCUUCAAUAAAAAGAACAAAAGGCAGUGGAAAUUUUGGAAAGAGAGUUGAGUGUGUGAUAAAGACAUCUCCUCCUGCUUGGCCAGGAAGUGCAGUGGCUGAACACAUUCCAAAGAGUUGGGAUGGUCCAAAGCCUAUUUCUAUUCUUGGUUCAACUGGUUCCAUUGGAACUCAGACGCUGGACAUAGUUGCUGAGAACCCCGACAAAUUUAAAGUCGUUGCACUUGCAGCUGGGUCAAAUGUGUCUCUUCUCGUGGAUCAAGUCAAAACAUUUAGACCAAAGUUAGUUUCAAUACGACACGAAUCAUUGGUUGAUGAACUCAAAGAAGCUUUGUCUGGACUUGAAGAUAAACCUCAAAUUAUUCCAGGAGAGCAAGGAGCUAUUGAGGUUGCCCGACAUCCAGAUGCUGUCACUGUUGUAACUGGAAUUGUUGGUUGUGCAGGGCUUAAGCCCACAGUGGCGGCUAUAGAGGCUGGGAAAGACAUAGCCUUAGCCAACAAAGAGACAUUAAUUGCCGGUGGUCCAUUUGUCCUUCCUCUCGCUCAAAAGCAUAAUGUGAAGAUUCUUCCUGCUGAUUCCGAACAUUCUGCCAUUUUCCAGUGUAUUCAAGGCUUGCCAGAGGGUGCACUUAGACGUAUAAUUCUAACGGCUUCUGGAGGAGCUUUCAGGGAUUUACCUGUUGAUAAAUUGAAAGAUGUGCAAGUAGCCGAUGCUUUAAAGCAUCCUAAUUGGUCUAUGGGUAAAAAGAUCACCGUUGAUUCUGCCACCCUAUUCAAUAAGGGUCUAGAAGUAAUCGAGGCUCAUUAUCUAUUCGGUGCAGAGUAUGAUGACAUUGAAAUUGUGAUUCACCCACAGUCCAUCAUCCAUUCCAUGAUUGAAACACAGGAUUCGUCUAUACUGGCACAGUUGGGCUGGCCUGAUAUGCGUCUUCCUAUUCUCUAUACGAUGUCAUGGCCAGAGAGAAUUCGUUGUUCUGAGAUCACAUGGCCCCGCCUUGAUCUCUGCAAGAUUGGGUCGUUGACAUUUAAAGACCCGGACAAGGUAAAAUACCCGUCCAUGGAUCUCGCUUAUGCUGCUGGGCGGGCAGGAGGGACGAUGACAGGAGUUCUCAGUGCUGCAAAUGAAAAAGCCGUUGAGUUAUUUAUCAAUGAGAAAAUUAGCUACCUCGACAUUUUCAAGAUUGUUGAGCUAACUUGUGAUAAGCAUCAAGCAGAGGUGGUGGCAUCGCCUUCUUUGGAGGAAAUUGUACAUUAUGACUUGUGGGCCAGAGACUUUGCUUCCAGUUUGCAAGCCUCUAGAGGAUUGCUCUCAGCUUUUGUAUAACCAACCACCUGACGCUCAUCAUGUUGGUGCGCCUCAUCCGGUGAAGUGUAUAAUAUUUGCUAGAAUAAAGAGCGUCUCUCAUUAUACAAUUAGCUGCUCAGUCUUCGAAAUCAAUUAUACAAAUGUAGGUUCCAAAAACAUUACAAGAGUAACAAGAGUACAAGACCCUCAAUUUGGUGGAGUAUGGAACUUUCAAACUCUGAUGCAACUUCGUGAAGUGCUUAUAUUAUGGAUGUGUAUGAGAAAAACGUUUCAGUAAAAACUGUG